GAACAAAAUUUUCGCCAAGGAAAAAAUUGCUUCAAAUCACCUCCCGAACCACCCCUUUCAAGGUGUUACAACAUUUUUGGGACACCCCGUACAUGGUCGGAGAUAGAAACUGAUGGUGAAAGAUCAGUGAGUUUGUGCUAGUUUGUGCCAUCGACUUGCUCAGAAUUAUAAGUGAUUUUGUGACAAACGAGAAUAUUUCCAAUUCAACCCUUUUAUAAACAACUCUUAUCAGGCAUUUUAAUGUGAACGGAAGUACUUGUAUAUAUAACUGUCAUUGGUUUUGAAACCGUCAUGCCGGUAACGCCCUAAAACUCGCAAGAAUUAGUCAUUUCGCAGAGCGUGUAAUGUGUAAUAAAAAAUAACGUGACGAAGAAAAAAAUCGAUUUCAGUAACAACCUCAAAUUAAAAAUGGAUAGCAAAGGCAGGAAGAUCAUUGUUUGUGAUAAUGGAACAGGGUUUGUUAAGUGUGGAUAUGCAGGAGCAAAUUUUCCAGAGCACAUAUUUCCAUCUAUAGUUGGACGUCCUAUUAUUAGAGCAGUCAAUAAGAUAGGCGAUAUCGACGUGAAGCAAGAAUAUUGCAUUCGUGACUUAAUGGUUGGAGAUGAAGCAAGUAAACUUCGUUCCAUGUUAGAGAUUAGUUAUCCAAUGCAAAAUGGAAUUGUUAGAAAUUGGGAGGACAUGUGUCAUGUUUGGGACUACACCUUUGGAAAGGAGAAAAUGAAUAUUAAUCCAAGAGAAUGUAAAAUUUUAUUAACAGAACCACCAAUGAAUCCUAUUACAAAUAGAGAGAAAAUGAUUGAGGUAAUGUUUGAGAAGUAUGGUUUUGCUGGAACAUACAUUGCAAUUCAGGCAGUACUUACAUUAUAUGCUCAAGGAUUAAUUAGUGGUGUUGUGGUUGAUUCUGGAGAUGGAGUCACUCAUAUUUGUCCUGUAUUUGAAGAGUAUGCUUUACACCAUCUUACUCGGCGAUUAGAUAUAGCUGGCCGAGAUAUCACGAUUUAUUUAAUAAAACUUCUUUUAUUACGUGGAUAUGCAUUUAAUCAUUCAGCCGAUUUUGAGACUGUUAGGAUGUUAAAAGAAAAAUUAUGUUACAUUGGAUAUAAUAUAGAGACUGAAGAAAAAUUAGCACUUGAAACAACAGUCUUAGUUGAAUCGUAUACUCUUCCUGAUGGAAGGGUAAUAAAAGUAGGUGGUGAAAGGUUCGCAGCACCAGAAGCUUUAUUCCAACCACGUUUAAUAAAUGUUGAAGCUCAGGGAAUUGCUGAAUUAGUAUUUACCACUAUUCAAGCAGCUGAUAUCGAUAUAAGAAGUGAAUUAUAUAAACAUAUUGUCCUAAGUGGUGGUAGUACAAUGUAUCCAGGUCUUCCAUCUAGACUCGAAAGAGAAAUUAAACAGCUUUAUUUACAGAGGGUAUUAAAGAAUGAUACUUCAAAAUUAAAUAAAUUUAAGAUAAAGAUUGAGGAUUCUCCUAGGCGUAAACAUAUGGUUUUUAUGGGUGGUGCUGUAUUAGCAGAAAUAACAAAGGAUCGCGAUUCAGUAUGGAUAACAAGGGAAGAAUACGAAGAAAAAGGUCUUAGUGUACUAAAAAAAUUAGGUUCUUAUGAGUCCUAAAGAACAUAGUCAUACAAAUAUAGAAAAGAAAUACCCAUUUUUUUUUACACCUGGUCAUUUAAAAAUUAAAUGCAAAAUUUGUAUACAAAAGUUGUAAACAAAAGUAUGUUUACUGCUAAUUUGUAUCAAUUUUACAAAACUUAAUUUAAGUAUUGUGUAAUCAUGUGAAAAAGCAGUUUGUUAAUAUAAUAAGUAGAGGGUGUGAGGUAAAAGCAUUUUAUAUGAUGUAUAUAUAUGAUAUAGGUUAGUUUUAUAAUUUUAGUUAAAUAAUUUAUAGAAAUAAAUUUAUUUCUUAUGACA